AAUAACUUGACUUAAACAACCUGGAGUGAGUGUUUUUCAAGUAUAGCUGUGUGGCUAUUAGACUAACCAGAGACGUGUUGGAAGAAGAGGUCUUGAGAUCCGAAGUUUGAAGAUAAGCAGUUAAGGUAGAGUCAAUUUUUUCCAACAAGGUCAACAUUAUAAGAUGUGCUUUGCCUUUUUUCGCGACAAAAUUGUUUAGUUGAAAUCUUUGUAUGAGUUCAAACGCUAUAACAUCAACUUUUUUAUCAAACAAUGAAUCGGUCUUCUUCCACGCUGUACAUGUAAAUCCUAAAAUUCACAAUGCCAAUUUAUCUUUCCGUGUUCCUAAAUUCUCAAUGACAGAUGAACUGUUGUAGGAACCACCUAUUACGAACUAAAAAGAUCAUUUUUAAAGAUUACGUCAUAAGGCGUAUUUUCUGUUAUAAUAGUCUUAAACCUCUUGCUUACCGAGUUUUCAAAACCAAAAAUUCAGAAAUGAAAAAGUUUCUUUGAAUGUCGGACCACCCCUUAGGAGAUUGACCACAGACUUAACAAAGUAAAACCACAUCUCUACAAGUCAACGCCAUUGACUCUUGUGGUGGGCACUUUCUAAGAUGUGCAAUCUUUGAUGUUGGAUAAUGGCAGCGAAAUAAAUUGCGAUGAUCCUAAAAAGCUAUAUUAGUACAUGGAUCAAGAUUCAAGUAGUCUAUAAUACAUUCUUUCUCAUCUGUUUCCAGUAGUCAGAAACAAAUCUUUAACAUUUGCAAAUGGGAUUGGUAUUUAAGCUAUUUUUUGAUCCCCAUUGGAGUGCUAGGCAGGCUACAAACAAGGUCUAGUUUUACCGAUAAACCAAAAUUAAGAACGCAAAGGAGGAUAACAGAAAAGUAAGUUCUUACAAGAACAGAUGCUGUUACCGUUUAUGUGUAUUACGUAAGGUGGGAUCUGACUUUCUAAACUUAUUAGUAAUUCAAAUGCUACAGUAGAUACUUAUGACAAAUUUUCGAUCGUUUUCUCAAUCCUUGAAUUUUACCACCACACCACUUUGUUUAUAAAGAGCUUUUAUCACUAGAACUACGCAACAAUGUUUUAUCGCAAUAAAAGACCCCUGCGUCUUGUGUUUGAUUUAUAACACAUAUAUUGCACGUGCUUGUAUGUUUUGUUUUACCAAUGCAGGUCAUGCGAUAGUAUUCUAGGGUACUGUUUCUUUCAAAUUUUGCCUUAUUCAUCUGCAUAUGUACGCAUAAAUUAUGAAAAGACAAAGGGGCAAAAUUUCCCUGGGACCUUCAUUGGGAAAACAAAGUAUACACGCAAACAGGGUUUAUUGCAUUCGGCAUGGGGCGCUCGCAACCUAAACUCAACGCGCGAGAAUCGAAGACUAGGCACAACAUUUAGCGUAAAAGGAACUAGAUUUUUUAUACUUUGGGUCAAGUUCCCAUAGCUCUUUGUUUCUUAAGUCACGUGGUCUUUGUUUCCCUGAGAAAGGGAGUUGCAUGGUGACGAAACAAAGAACGGCUACGCUUUACUAUGUGCAACAAGGCAAGCCGAGUGGAUUGCACUUUUCAAGCCAACUAAAGCUAACGUAUAUUUAAGGAUUUCUAGCAAUUUUGCUGGCGGUAUCUCUUUAAAGUCAGCCGCCGAAAGAUAAAGUGUAUCAUCUUUUGAUUUCACAGGCAGCUGACAAGCUAUUAGCAGAUUCGGUCACUUGCUAUUAUCAUGAUGAGCAUAUUGAUCUUACUGCUGACCAUAACGUGUGCUGCAACGGCAAUCAGCAAUGGCAAUCAAACCACGCAAACAAUGGUAGGUUUAUAAAAACAGUUAUUGUAAAUCUGACUAGUUCAUGGGCUGGGGGUAGGAAUAAUUUAAACUCUACUAAGUAAAACUUAAAACUGAGACAAAUGUCCUCUUUUAAAAUUUGAGGAAACGAAACAAAAAAAAGAAAAAAAAAGUCAAAGUGAGAAACGGUAAAACUGAAUGUAGGGCUUUCCACAAGUUGCUCGGCAAUUAUUUGGCAGCUUCUCGUUUUUCGAGCCAUUUUUUUCGUUUCGAGCAACUUUUUGCAUUCUGAGCAAUUUCUUUAGUUAUCUUCUAGUUUUGAAAUAUCGGAGCAGCUUCUAGUGCUUACAUUAGCCUUUCUUCCAUAUUUCACAAUGUUUUAGAAGACAAUUUAGGAAUUUCCUUUAAGAAAAGGAGCCAAAUCCUGCCCUCGGGUGCAGAUCAUGGGCUCAAGAUAAAAGUAGCCGGCUGCUUGGUAAGAAGUUUUUCGAGAAAAUUCAAAAUGGUGGACAAAGAUUUACACUCAACUGACUUGAGUGUCUCGGGUGAUGAAGAAGGUCAUUCAACAAUUUUAUUGGCUCAUAACAUUUUAAUUGGAAUCAAAGUUAUUUAGCAACGUUGGUUCGCCACAAAAUUGCACAUAAAUGGUUGGAAAUCUUACUUUUGUUGUUUGAUUUGCAUUAUUUUAGCAUCUGACCAAAAAGUGAGUGUUACUAGUAAGAAAUUGGAGUGGUGAUACUCCGUUCGGUUCAAAUUUCUCUACGAUUUAUCCAGUGCUUUGAAGGCGAUGCAAGAGAAGAAGUGGUCUCUUUCGCUCGUUCUUAUGUUUUAUAUUUUCUUGUUUCAAAUUAGCAAUGUCCAUCGUCUUCUAAUCUUGCGUGCGGUAUUCCCGGCGUGCCUGGUAAGCAUGGUUCCAAUGGAGCACCCGGUCGUGACGGACGUGACGGACGUGAUGGCCGUGAUGGAGCUAAAGGUGAUCAAGGAUUAAAGGGGAAGACUGGACCUCAGGGACCUCCUGGUGAUAAGGGACUUUCUGGUGCCGAGGGACCUGCUGGUGCUAAAGGAGAUCGUGGACCCCGGGGUCCUCCCGGACCUAAAGGGGCAUCUGAACUGAUGCCUUCUAAGAACUGGAAAGAAUGCGUCUGGAGAAACUUGAAUGAUGGAAAGGACAAUGGUCUGGUCCAGGUGAUUUGUGUAUUAAGGGCUUUUAACUUUAACUAAAGGACGAUAUUCAUAUUCAAACACAUUUCAGACAUUCACUAUAGCUGAUGACAAAACUGUGGAUGCUUUGAGGUCCGUUUUUGACGCCAAAAUUUUCAGAUGAGCCAAGCUUUACGUACAACUUGUGAGAAAAAAUACCCAUGCAUUGAAGCCUUUUUAUAGCAAUACCUUUGUGUUCAUGUUUAACAGGAAUGUGUCUUUACCAAAAAACUUUCUGAUACUGCCCUACAUGUUUACUGGACGGGUGCGUUGAGGAUUCACGCCUGUAAUGGCUGCUGCAAACGUUGGUACUUCACUUUCGAUGGCGCUGAGUGUCCUGGACCUCUGCCCAUUGACGGAGUGGCUUACAUGCAAACAGGCGCUAGUCAAGACCUCCAUCGUGUCCGCCAUAUUGAGGGACAUUGUAACAACAUUGACAAAGGACAAGUGCGCGUUGGAUUCUGGAUCGGAAAUUGCAACGGAUAUGGGAACGCUGAUGGGUACACAGGAUGGAAUUCAGUAUCCCGGAUCUUUGUUGAGGAAGUUCCUAAAGCGCAAGCUUAA